AUGACUGAAUUUACUUAUAUGAAUUGUGAGGAAUACAACGCUAACACUCCUGAAAAAAGAAAUGAAGUUAUUUUCAUUGUUGAUCAAAUUGCCUUUGCAAAUGCUCGAGCCUUACUAAACGAUGAUGAUGACAAUGAUAAUAUAAAUUGGAAUGAAGUUGAACCUAAAGAUUUUGACCCUUAUAGUAAUUCCUUUCAAACAACACAUGAUGAUAUAGAUGGAUCUAUUGCAAAAAAGUCAUCUUCAGGCUAUCGUGCAUAUUAUAUCUUCUCAAAAUGCUUUCAACAACAGGGCGGACAUUUGUAUGAAAGACUAGGUAAAGGCCAAAAAAUCAUAUCAUGUACUGAACGUGAAAAACAUUGUGAUGAUACAAAUGACGCUCUAAAACAUAUCAAAAGAUGGGUAAUAUCCGUAGCAGAGUCAGGUAAUAAUAAGUUGCAAGAAAGACUUCUAUCUCUAAUAACUUCAACAUUAGCUGUUUUUAACAAUAAGACAAUAGAGGAAAACCUAUCAGAAAUGGAAGCGGAAAAACUUCCGAGUAAAUUACUUGUUAGAACAGCAUUAAAAAUGGGAAAAGUUGAAUCAAAUAAGUUAAAAAAGGAAAGAUCUCAUAUAGUAACUUUGGAAAAGGCUUCAAUGAUGGGAGAAAAAUUAGGAAGAGAAGUUUUAUUUUCACGUUCUGAAAUUCAACAAAAUAUUAGUCAAUUAGAAAACCCGAGUUCAUAUGAAA